GUUAAGUUAACAUCUGAGCAAUCAUGACUGCAUGCAAGUGAUCUUACUUUGUUUUUCAUUUGAAUUUCCAAUUAUGAACCAAGGUCAAGUUUCGAUCUACACAAAAGGGCUUAAAAAAUUCCUCCGAACAAUCCAGUUUUGUGGAGAAAGAAAGUGUUGAACUUUGCAGGAAUUGAGUUUUUUAUUUCCGCAGCUUAGCUUUAAGCAGCUUGUCUUUUUUUGAAGAUCUUUCUGGAAAAAUUACUCAAGGAAAUAAUAUUUAACAGUGCAAUGGCAAUCAAUCAAGCAUUUUGUCAAGAUUGAUAAGGGAUGAUGGUAAAGACCCCCGUAUUGUUUGAAAGACUAUGUAAUUAGAGAUAAGGAAUUUGAUUGGACUUCACAACAAUGUUAACUGCUUACAAACAAUAAGACGAGCGAAAACUGUUCAUUUACAUCAGAUGUCGAGUUCAGCUGGGAGCAUUGUUGUGAAAACAUGGUGACUACGACGUCUUUCUUCCGCUUGUCGUUCUUAGUUUCAUUAAUGGAGAUUUUCAUUUUAAUUUACGCUGUCAUUAUCCAAUGCCUUGAGAAGGAGGAUUCGAGAAUUAUAACAGGAAAGACUGCUUCACUUGUGGAGGCGCUGAGAAAUGAGCAGUUGAUUAAAAGCACUGAGACAGCUGUUUUGGAAUUGAGGAAGGCGUUCAAAGAGGAAGAAGAGUAUAGAAGAUCACAACGUUUUGAUUCUAUCGAGAAUGCCUAUCUAUUUGCCAUGACGUCAUUUGCGAACCUUGGCAACAGCGGUCUCAGGCUGACUCAUUGGCAGGCAAAGCUGUUCUACGUUUUUGCCACUCCGAUUGGAUUUGCACUGUAUGUGAUAAUCGUCGUUUCUGUAGCUUACUGUCUUCGCGAUGCCAUGAUCGCAUGUAUCACCAAAAUCGAAAGCGCUAAACAGCAUCAGAUACGCCUUCUCAACAUCAAAAUUCUUGGUGUCUCUGCGGCUCUCUGCGUCAUCAUCGUCCAGAUUGGAGGCACUGUAGCAUUAAUUACGAAGCACGAGUAUAUCGAUGGGGUAUAUGUUACCAUGGAUACGAUGACAAUGAUUGGCGCCCAGCCUAUUGUCGAAAGCUCCCCCAAGCUCUAUUUUACAUUUUUUCUUAGUUUCUACUUCAUCAUUGCCCAUGCAUUAAUCUUAGUCCUUGUCUGUAAUCUCCAGCAAGCAUCUGGGGAGCUCCUUGACUUAGUGUUUGAUAAUGAAACCAAGACGAAUUGUCUUAAAAGCGAUAUUGUAAUUUCAACGGAGAAUUACAAAGAAACUUUAAUGGCGUCGUUUGAAAGCCCUGGCUCAUCGACCCCGCAAAGUGAACCCGAUCUAGACAAGGGAGAUAUUAUCUUCCCACAAAUGUGGGGUGUCGCAUACGAGUUUGAACCAGAUAUCCUAAAUGAAAAACUAAUGAUUGGACAGACGGAUCGAAGGGACAGCAGGUUUUCGGAGAUAUUCAACGCGCAGAGAGACUUAUUUGAGCCGAUUAUGGAGAGAACUGAGAACCUAGAGGAGGAUGUGAUGUCAGAGCGGUCUUCUUACAAGUCGACGAAUGAUUUCUUUCAGAGCGAUCAUGACAAUGAAAAACCAGGCCAAACCAGCGAUGUCGGCCAUUUCGGUCUUUCAAGCGGUGAAAGUACGCCGGUUGGAAGCAAUCAAAGUUUGACGUCUAGUUUUUCAAAUAUUAGUUUAAAUGAAUUUGAAGACUCGCAACUUCUUCAAUACAACGAAUAAGCAUUCAUUUUCGAUUUAAAUUUGGUAAUCACCAUUUCUGUAUAUAUAUGUUGAAGUGUGGA